AAUCAACCGUUGCUUCUUAUGAUGACCCUAUCACGAUUGAAUUAAUGGCUCAAGAUACAAUUGAAUUAAUUAAACAUCUUGGAAUUAAAAGAUUUAAUUUAUGUGGAGGAACAGAUAUAAAAUCAUACGAGACAGCUGAACAACUUUAUAAAUUACCAAAAAUGGAUCAUCCCAAAACCAUUCAAGAACAAAAAGAUAUGCUUCUUAAAUCAGAAAAGUCUUUAGCCGAUUAUCUGCUUAAACAUCCUGAUAAAUUUAAUAAAAUUGCGGAGAUCAUACUCAGCACUAAUGCCAACCGUCCAUUUGAAAUUUUUACAAUCAAACAGUCUGACUUAGUUUCAAGAUUACAGGAAAUUAAAGUUCCAACUCUGAUAGUUCAUGGUGAAGCUGAUGAAAUUGUUCCUAUUGAAGAUGGUGAAUUGCUUGAUCGUGAAAUUCCUAAUACACAAUUUCAUAGGAUUCCUGAAGAAAACGAAGUAAAAAAAAACUUUAAAGCUUUACUCUACAAAAUCUUUGAAUGUUCGGCUCCUGGUUCAUUUGGUUCUGAUUUAAAAUCAACUGUUGCUUCUGAUGAUGAUCCUAUCAUUGAAUUAAUGGAACAAGAUACAAUUGAAUUAAUUAGACUUCUUGGAAUUAAAAGGUUUAAUUUACUUGGAAGGCAUAUGGGUGGUAAAAGGCUAAAAGAAAUUAAAGUUCUGACUUUGAUAAUUCAUGGUGAAGUUUGUAAAAUAGUUCUUAUUGAAGAAACUGAAUUUCUUGAUCAUGAAAUUCACAAUACAAAAUUUUGUAAGAUUCCUAAA